GAUAACCAACCAACAUUGGAGCAAAGUUCUUCUCAGGAAAUAAAACACAGGUUUCGAAACCAUGGCUGAAAACACAUCAGACACUGGCACAGAUGAAUCCUUGGAUAGUGAGGAGAUGACUAUAGAGGAAUGUAUUUUGCACCUACACGACACCAUUUCACCAUAUGUGCAACAAAACCCGACGUCCACCAACACUCAACUCUUCUGUAUGUUGGCCCUGUUGAAUGCUUAUGUUCCUGAGUCCUACCUCCUGCUGCCUGACUGUCAGCAGAUCCUUGGACCACCUGAUCCCAUCCAUGGAGGGCCCCCAUUUGAAGAAAGAAUGAAGCCUUUUACCAUCCUCAUCAACACAUCUAAUCCAAGCCCUGGACACAUUAGUUUCAUUCACCAAAUGUUUGCACAGGCUGCUGUUGAGGUUCUCUGCAGUUUUAAUAUUUCAAUGAGUGAUAAAGUGGAGGAACUGAUGGUCAAACUUUGUGGAGAUGAGGUCCAACCAUAUAUCAUCCCGUUCAUCAAAGAUUUGCUGACAAAAAGAGAAAUGGGAGCUAUUCGUCAGGACAAGUUUUCAAGAAUGAUUGAAGAUAUACUUAAACGUGAAGGUUUUUAUCCUGCUCUGUCAGUCUUGAUGACUGCAUCAAACAAAUUUCACCUUAACCCCAUUUUCCCCCAAGCUGUUGCCCGCCUCAAUUACAUUGCAAGAAAACCGUCUGACUACAGAAGAGCUGAACAGUGGGCAAAUAAAGCAAUUGAAAGAGCUCCAGGUAGCUCUUACAUGGCUGACACUCUCGGGCAGAUUCACAAAAAUCGUUUGAUGAAGACUUCCAUUGUAAACACUGCAGACAGGGCCUUUGCGGCUUUUGAAGAUGUGGAGAGGAAAGCUGAGAAUGAAGCGGGCCCAGAGAUGGUUGGAGAAGGUACCGUAAACACUUCCAAUUCAUUCAACAAUAGAGGCCUCUUUGGGUUCAUUCAAGUAGCAAAGAUAGCCUAUGAAAAAUGUAACACACAACAACGUGAGCAUUUAAUCCAAAAUACAAAAAGGAACAGGAAAGUGGAAGACAUAUUUAAAUUCUUUAGCUGGUAUUUAACUUACUCCAAGCCUGACAUGAAAACUUUAGAGCCAUCUUACUUCUGGAAAGAUGUCUCUCGUUGUUAUAAAUACUUCACAACAGAAACAGCAGCUGAAUCCACCAGCUUCUCAGGCCUUCUCGACUGUUUAAACCAUGGCCUUUUCACAUCAAGGGGAAAACGUGCUGGGUUUCAGGAAGAUACAAAAACCGUGUUUGAGUUAGAAGAGAUCCAAGGUGCUCUUAAAGCCUCAUAUGAGGAAAAUGUUAACGACAUCAGAGUCGCAGAGAGGUACAUCCUCUCCAACAUCAUCUUGAGCAACAGGAUGCCUGAUUCUCCUCAGCUCACACCGGUGAGAGAACUCCAAGCCAUAAUCCAGAGAUUCUUGAGUGCAGAAUUGCAGCGUAGAAGUCCUGAGUUUUACCUUCUGGUUCUGCUGCUGUUUUGGCCGGAGGAACAGCCUCCUGUGGUGCAAAGCAAGGAUGAUGAAGAAGUUGGACAACUGGACACAGAUGAUGACAAUUCAGAAGAUACAACCUGGGAGGAUACUGAAAUAAAUGAGGAACCAGCAGCAAACACAGAGCCUGAACAACUGCCUCCUGACCUCAACCUCCUUGAUUCCAACCUCCAACAGUAUGUUACUUUCAUGGAGACGGCGUUUGAGAGAGCCGGAUAUGCCAAGUACCUCCGAGGCCGUUACCUUUUGCCUCUGUUUUUUCUGGGAAAAGGCACUGGACUGUGCAAAUGGAUUCACAAAUCAACACUGGAUGCAAUUGUGGAAGAAAAUGUGGAUGCUGAGCUUGUUGGUGCGCAAGGUAACAUAAAACUUGAGAAAACAAUAAUGAUUAAUGACAUGUGGAUCAAUGGUGAAGUUUGGCUUCUCCCAAAAAUCCGAGAUAUCCUUCUCCCCAUCAGGGUAGAACCCUAUCACCCCCUCAUUGGGCCACGGCUGAAAGAAGAACCAGUGCUUGUUUGUGUUGGAGGACAGAGAAUAAAGGCAAUGUUAAACAAUGUUGGACCAGAUGCUUCAGUCAUGAGUUACUAUCUUGGCUUCAACAUUCAGGGUCUUGUCGUCUUCAAAGCGGGAUCGGAAGCACUAGUUGUCCCAUGACACGCCAGCCUACAGUUGCUCUGUUUUAAACCAAAAUGGCAAAAAUCACCACCAUUGCUACCUGUAGCUAAUUUAAACAUUGACAAUGUUGUAAUUUGUCAAUUAUUAUUAUUUUUUGAGGUGAAUGGGUAUACUUAUCAUGAUUGACAAUGUCUUUUAACUGUUAAGCAUUUUGUACCAUCAUUAAGAAAAGUGCUGCAUAAAUAAAGUGUAUUAUCAUUAUCUAAACCAAGUAGCUUUGCGUUUAAAAUAUUAACCAUGUCAUACUUUUGAUGUAAUGCUUGGAGUGACAUUUGCUUCAAUAAAGUACAAUUAACAUGGAGAAUAAAA